AUGUCGUCCCCACAGCUAAACAGAUAUUGGAUACCGCACCUCGACAUCCAUAAACGAAUCAUCACACAAGAGUUGCCCUUUUAUUUAGGACCCGACGCGACGGUGAGACCAUACACUCGCGAAGGGGAAGAUGGUUUUCUUAUCACGACACCAGGAGGAUGUCUGACAGAUGAGCAAAUCGACGACAUCUGCUUGAAAUCGAAGGAUAUGUGGGAGAAACAAGCGGCAGCAAGAGCGACACAGAACCCCGACAAGCCAUUGAAACGACCUCUACACCAGCCUGUAUUGAUCUCUUCAGGUGCCGGAGAGGGGUCAAAGCGACGAGGCGGUGACCGCAAAGGCCAUGAUUCCCGGCGACCCUAUAGUGACCGGAAAAGGGGCGAGGGAUCUCGGAACUGA